UUAAGCGCAGUUUCAGGAAUUCAGUCUGAUUGUGUUAUAUUGAUUCUAUUUGCUUUUUUUCGGAACUCAAACACUGAUUUUCGUAUUCGAGCGAAGCUUCACCGCGAGCAUGACUGUUAUUCAUUUGCAGUCAUGAGAUUACCACAGUGUUAUCCUGUCUGGGCGAUGGUUGCAGUUUUUUCCAAUUUCCUCGUUUCAUAUGGAUUGGCCAAGCCCGAUGCUAAUUGCGCAAAUGACACAGAGAUCAUUAACGCAUUGCUCAAGGAUACCUACAAUAAGCAUUACAUUCCCUCACAUCCGACACAUGUGCGAGUGGACAUGUGGGUUCAAGAAGUAACUGCCGUGUCAGAACUCACACAGGAUUUUGAAAUUGAUCUCUACAUCAAUGAGUUCUGGGAGGAUCCAGCACUGGUAUUCGAUUUCAUGAAUCCUUGCAAGUCAAACUUCUCAUUUGACGACAAAGUACUGCAGAAGCUAUGGAUCCCCAACACUUGUUUCAUCAACUCGAAAAAUGCUGCUAUUCAUGAAUCACCAUUCAAAAAUGUUUUCCUCAUGGUGUUUCGAAAUGGUACUCUGUGGACGAAUUACCGAAUGAAACUAACUGGUCCAUGUGAUAUGAACCUCAAGCGAUUCCCCUUUGAUCAGCAAAAGUGCUUUCUCACAUUUGAAUCGUACAAUUACAACACAGGCGAAGUGCGUAUGCAGUGGAAUCAGCCCUAUCCUGUAAUGCUCUUGAAACCGAUACAGUUGCCAGAUUUUGAGCUCGUCAACUUUAGUGUCAUAGCAAUAGAGCAGAUGUAUCCAGCAGGGUGGUGGGAUGAGCUAACUGUCGCAUUUGUGUUCAAAAGACGCUACGGGUGGUAUAUAUUGCAAGGCUAUAUUCCUACUAUGGUUACUAUUGUGAUUUCGUGGAUCUCUUUCUACUUAGGACCAAGGGCGAUCCCGGCAAGAACUAUGUUGGGUGUGAAUUCUCUGUUAGCAAUGACGUUUCAAUUUGGUAAUAUCAUCAGGAAUCUUCCACGGGUAUCUUACGUAAAGGCGAUAGAUGUGUGGAUGUUGAGUGGUAUGCUAUUCAUUUUUCUUUCGUUGCUGGAACUAGCCGUUGUUGGGUUUAUGUCAAGAAAUGAAGGUCUCCCUCCAAAGGCAAAAAAGAAACGGAAAAGAGACGAGGAAGAUGAUGACUUCUCUUGGAAGGGUAUACAGACUAGUCCUCAUUUGGAGCUAAGACAGUUCUGGGUCGAUAAGCGUAUCAAUUCCGUGCGCAAUAGCUCAGAUGCAUUAUCACAAUAUCCAACGGACGGUCCACCCGCCAUAGAGGUUCCCUACGCACCAAUACAACGAAAUCGACCUCGUCGUAGACUAUUCAACACUCUACGAAAAUGGUGGAGAAACGUUCCGUCGGUGCGACCAGAGACUGUAGACUUUUACAGCGCAAUCUUCUUCCCUACAGCGUACUGCAUGUUCAAUAUGUCGUACUGGGGUUACUACUUGUCCAGUCUUUCUGCUGUUGAUGAUGAUACUGUGCCUGUCUGAUACGCUAUCGACAAAACUGCUCUGUUUUAUGAUUAUGUACAAAUAAUUAUUGAAUAAGAC